UGCACUACCAAAUCUGUUCUUGUGCUAUUUGCAAUUACGCAUAUGCAAACAUUAUUAGUAAAAUUUAACGAUUUGUAAACUUAUUGUACCUGAACCAUAUUAAAUGUACUCAAUUUUAAUAAAAUGCUUUUUCUUUGAGGUAAAAUGAUAUUUUCUCGAUUUUUUUUUUGGAAGUCUUAAAUUGGGAUAUUACAACGUGAACAUCUGGUAACAUCUUCAUAUCGUCCAUCAUCUGGUCCAUCACUUAGUGUCAGCUCGCUCGAUCUAGAUUUUGUUUAUUUACAAUUUUAUUUGAUCAAGUCGAUAAAAAACGAUGUAAUGUUAAUUUUUUACAUAAGUGAUAUAGUAUUGUGGUGACAUAAGUGGUUUAAAAUGAAGGUGAUCGAGGCAAAAAUCGUCGUUCUGGGCUCACAAGGUGUGGGUAAGACGAGCCUGGUGGUACGGUACAUCGGAAAAAUGUUCUCAAAACACAUCUCGCCUACGAUCGGGGCCUCUUUCUUCACGUGCAACAUCAAUUUGGACAAUGCCAGAGUGAAACUUCAGGUGUGGGACACGGCCGGACAAGAGCGCUUCAGGUCGAUGGCGCCCAUGUACUACAGGAACGCGAACGCCGCGCUGCUCGUGUUCGACAUCACCAGCGCGACCAGCUUCACCGCCAUCAAGGGAUGGGUCAAGGAGUUGCAGAGCAACGUACCAGAAGCGAUGGUGUUGUCAGUGGUGGGUAACAAGAGCGAUCUGGAGUCGUUGCGCGCAGUGCCGUACAGCGACGCGGCUCAGUACGCGGCCACCAUCGGCGCCGCCUACACAGAGACCUCGGCACUGCACGAUCAGGGUAUAGACCAAGUGUUUCUUAACACUGCGACGUCUCUACUAAAGCUCUCCAGCAGUAACCUGGUCUCAUCGCUGAGGUCCUACGACUCGGCUGACGGCGACACGGACAGAAUUCCUACAGGCAAACCGUCAGAAGAAGAUGCGACGCACACGGGGAAAGUAGAGCUGCCGGCGUGGCGCAUCGAUAACAUAGCGCACGGAGAGAUGCAGAGGAGCAUGUGCUGCUAGCGAUACUCUCAUCCUGUGGGGUAAGCGCCAGGGGCGAACUCUUCAAACGGAAAGCCGACUCUUGCUAUUUAGUUUGCUAUCUUGUAUAGUAAUUUAUAGUAUUUGAUAAGUUUGGAAAGGUAAGCCGAUAGGAACGUGGACCCAUAUGCUAAUAUCUUCAUACCAGAGAUAUAACAAUCCAUGGGAUUAUAUAUAGUAAAAUAAACAAUCAAUGUAAUUUUAAUUACCAUUUUCAACCUCUCAAUCGGUUUGUCUCAAUGAGUAAGAGAAACAAGUUUCUUGACAAAAUGAACGCUUGCAACCCUAUAUGAUGAAAUUGCUCAAAAGGCUAACGUCCAACACCAUAAAACAUAAUAAAAAAUAACCGUUUGUCGAUCCUAUCGCAUUGAGAUAGUAACACUAAUCAUUUUAUCAUGACUUCCUACUUUGAUCCACAACAAUGAGUGAACGAUGGAGCCACAAUCCUAAACGUGUAAUUAAUGGAAAUGUUUUUGACAUAAGAUUAUAUAUUUUUUAUCGACUUUACAAUGUACAUAUAUAAAAUGCUAUAGUAUUAAAUGACUAACGAGUGUUAAGAAUACACAACCUGUAGUCACAAACAUUAUAGUCACAAGUUCAUGAUUCUUGCCUUAUGUACUCUCUCUUCUAUUUUCUAAGUUUAAGUAAUAUCUUGCCUGAUAUUUUUUAUUGAAUGCAUAAUAUAUUUCUAUUCUAUACUUAACUGUCUUUAUAGUAAUUUGUUAAGUUUAAUAUAUUUUUAGUACAGGCUGGAUGGCAUUCAGUUUCCUUCAGUGAUGACUUUUCUGAUUUGUCGCCAAUGCAUAAUAUUCACUAGUUCUGAAAAUGUACAGAAAUUAUUACUGCUGAAGUCAUAUUAUGUGGGUUUUAACACUUAGAUCUAUGACGGCGAAACGCGGAUGCUGCAUGUAAAAAAAUAUUCGAGGUUUAGAUUAACAAGAAAGCUUGCUAAAGUCAACUUCCGCAAUCUAUUGUUCCCCUCCACAAUAACGGUAAAUUGACUUCUACAAUUUUGAAGCUUUGCAGCAAGUCGCGUGUUGAGAAAUAUUGAAAUUAUACCGUUAGUGUAAAGGCAUUUGAAGGUUCUUGCACAAUACAUUGUUGACAGGACUUACUAGUCGUAAUUUGGUAUUAGGUCUUUAAAUAUGAAUAAUCAUGAAACAAAACUGUUUGCAGUUAUGAAUAUUACGAUUUACCUUUGCUGCAUAUUUGUAUAUGCAAGUUGAAGAGUAUGCCAUCCAGUCUUAGUGAAUUUUAUGUUUUCCACGGUUCAAAAAUACAGUAUAUAAAAUAUACCUAGCGUUAUUACCGUAUGAUUUAAAAAAUAUAUUUUAAUAUAUCAUAUUCAGAACGGACAAUGGAUAUAUAUUUAAUUAAAUAUAUUUUUAAAAUUAUGACAAUUAUAUUAAAUACACUGUACAGUGCAGUUAGAUAAAAAUGGCUAGUUUGCACUGAAUUUUUUCCGUCGCUAAAUAUGGUAUAGAUUAUUUUAACUCAAGUAUUGUUAAGUCUUCAUUUAUGUUAGUCUUAUAUUGUUUUAAUAAUAUGUUAUUGUGUAACAUGAGUCUUCAAGUAUUUCUAAUAACAUGUUUAUACUCAAAAUAUUUGACAUUAUUUUUAAUAAACGUGUUUGUAGAUAUAAUUUCAGAAUAUAUUUCUGAUGUUAAUCCUAGGUUAAUUAUCUAAGUAACAUAAUACUGGUAAUUAAAUGUGUACAGUUUACAACAGAGCACAUUGGAGCGGGAAAUUUCAUAUGAAGGUCAUAUCCAUAUUCCAUUACAUUAGUAUAAUUGAAAUUUGUCAAUAAAUAUUUUAUAAAACUUUUAAUGAUUGUAGUUCAGAGGUUUAAAUAUUUUGAUAUAUUUUAUUCAGCGACUGUGGGCUCUGAGAGUCUAUUAUUCCAGUUCAAUAUCAAUGACAAUGAUGAUGUUAUUAAAAUUUGCUGAUGAAAUCGGGUCACUUUACUGUUAAACGUCUGAUCGGGACCAUUGUAUAAAUAUUAAAUUAUAUGUUUUGCUCACGAGUUUUAGAAAAUAAGUGCGGAUUUGUAAGGGGCUUCCUGUUACUUUUUUUAGAAAAAUAAGUACAUAAUUAUAUGAUAAUUUAUGUAUAAUAUAAACUAUUACAAUGAUAUUAUAUUCACGUGUGCCUAAUCAAGAAUCAGACGAUUGUCCAACUAAACCAAAACUUGGUAUUAGAAGUAUAGAAAUUUAAUGUUACAUAUACAGCAUUUUCACGCGGCUUUACCUGCUUUAAAGUGCCGGUAAACCUUAGGGCCUUAACUAUUAUCGAUAUUAUUGUCAUCGAAAUAAUAUUCAAAAUCCAUUAACAACAAUAAAUUGCAUUAUAAUGUUGUGUUCAAAAUCAAUUGAAUGUUAUUUCAAUGAAGACAAUGUCGAUAUUAGUUUGACAGUAAAAAAAUCACUGCGCUGUACUUCGAUUUAUGUGCGCCGGCCCUUAGGAUUCCAAUAUUCGAUACAUUAUCACGAGCCUUUUUAAUUGUACAAUACCUGCUAACAUUUGUGGUCUUUCAUAUUUCGCCUUUUUAAAGGUAGAUAGAUUUUUUUAAAUGGGUGAUUAUGGAUGGCGGCCAUUGUUGCAGCUCAAAGAGUUCUAAGAUUAUAUAGAGCGGACAAUGGGAAGAUUGUCAUACAAACAUUGUGCGAUCAUACGAUGUUUACCCAAUCUGACGUGAAUUAGUAAAACAGCAAUGUAAAAUACUUCAUAUUUUUUUCCAUAUUGUGAUUUGCACUUAUCUUUAAUGCGCAUGUUAGCAUAUGUUCCGUAAAUAAGUUUUUUUUGUAUAAAUAUCUAAGGACGCAGUGAAAUCUUGCUAUACGGACAUUUCAAAUAAGACAACGGCUUAUUACCAAUUCGUAAUAACUUUUGGAGCUCCCAAACUGGCACUAAUUGUAAACGAAUACUUAUCAAGUUGGACAGUCGUCUGAAUUGCUACACUACAUUCCGUUAAGUUUUUAAUAUUGACUUGUAUAAAACGAAUUUAUCAUUGUUAAGUAAUGUGAUAUUACAGUAAACGGUUUUAAUAUA